AUGGUAACAGCUCCUGGAGCAGGCCCCCCCACGCAGCAGGCCAAUGAGGAGCCCGGCGGGUGCCAGGCCGCCAAUGGGCGGGGAGGGAGGCGGAGGCGUGGCGCUGGAAGCCCCGCCCCGGCGCGGACAGCUGGAAUCGGGCGAUGGGGGCGGGAGUGGGAUGAAUUGUUUUGGAGUCGGCGGCGCGGCGCCCGCCUGGCUCCGCUCCCGCGCAGGGGCCGCUCCGCCGAGUCUCCCCCCCCCCCCACCCUGCGCGGGGGGGGGGCAAGGGGCCCCACGCGGGCUGGGGCGGAGUUUGGGGAAUCGCGGGAGGAGGCGCCGGCUGCAGAGGCCCCCCCAGCUCCCCGAGCCCCGCGACACGCGUGGGCCCUGCCCGCGGACCAGACCUGUAGGGGGAGGAGCCCCCAUCGCCGUGGAAAGGAGGUGAACGCUGACCCCCGCCCCCCCCCCACGGCGAGGGACCCUGUCCUGAGCCCCUGGCCCCCCCCUCGCCGUGCCGGAGAACGGGGGGGGGCAGCCUGCGCCGGGGGCUCCCGGGAGGCGAGUGGAAAGUUGUGGAAGCGAAAACUCGCGUGGGACCCAGGAGCGAAACUGCCCGCGCGUUCUGCGGCGGGAGCAGCCCCCUGCCCCGCUCUCCCUGCCCGGGGGGGGUCCCUCUGCUCGGCUGCCCCCCGAGGCGGGGCCGCUGGCCGGGGCCGCGCGUGGGAGCCCCGGCUCUCGUGGGGCAGCGCCUGGCCGGCUGAGGAGGCGGAGCGGGGAGCGGGCUCCUCCUCCGGGGGGGGGUGCCCUGGCCAUGGAGGCAGCCGCGAGAUCGCCGCCUCCCCGGCUCCCUCCCCCGCCGCCGCCGCCGCUCCGAAGUCUCUGCUGCGAUUCCCUGCUUCUUUCCUCCGGAGCCGCCUGCGCCCCAAGGGCUCUUCCCCGCGGAGCCGGGGGGCCCGCACCCGGGGACUGAGCCGCCGCUGUGUCCGCGACCAAUCCCGGAGCACCUGCCGCGCGGAGCCAGGCGCGUGGGUGAGACAUCGGGGACACAGCCUGUCACAGCCGGGACCGAAGCUGCUGGCGACGGGAUGGUGGCAGUCCUAGGGGAGCCGGCCUUGACUGUCCUCCAGCUCAGGGAGCAGCUGAGGAGUAACAGCAGCCGACGUCCCGCCCAGCUGCUCCGUGGCUGCCGCGUCUCCUGAUCUGGGCCGCUCUUCUCCGCUCCCAGCUCUCUGGGACCUCGGCCCCACCCGACGCAAGAGCGUAGCGGAGAUCUGGCCGCUGCCACCGCCUGCGGCCCCAGGGCGAGCGGAUCGCUGCAGGGGGCAGUGCCGUAUCACACGUGUCGUGGUGAAGGAGAGGGUGGUUGGGAUCUAAAGCAGCCCCCCACUGGGAGGAGACAGAGAUUGCCAACGCCCGCCUCAUCCCCCCACCAGAGGAAAGCCCCUCCGUAGGCGACUCCCCUGCUAACCUCCUCUGGAAUGAGAGAUUCUUGGGACUUAGGGCAGAAAACGUCUGGGGCUUGCCCAGAGCCGGGGUUUCAAGACCACUUCUAGACCCAGCCGUUCACCUCCUCCCCUGCCAAUGCAUUUGGGGUGGGCACAGCCGUCUCCGUCGUUGGGCCAGGCGUCUCUCCCAGAGCAGGCAGAGGCCCCGGGGUCGAUGGGCAGAGGGGAGGCCUGUCUUUCCCAGGGGAGUGAGCGGC